AUGUGCUCGCUCGUAAUCUGUACUUUCAGUAACUUUAUUUUUUUAAAGUUAAUUUAAACCAUCAAAUAAAAUUCUAAAAAUCAGCGAUGAAACCAAUGACGAUGCAUUACAAUUGAACUAACCGUGACUAAAAGUAUCUAUAUAAAGUGCAGUGCUUAAGAUAUUGUACCAGUGUAAUGUCGAUGAAAAAUAACUUGAUUUGUUUGAAAAUGCAAUGGGCUGGCGGGGGGGAGAAGGUGGUGCUGAGUGGUUGCUUCGCCGAUACGAAGCUGUGCAUUAACUCAUGGUGUCAUUGAUAUCGGAACUGAGAAGCUCCAAGAUGUCGGCAGCGGGAUCAGCUGUGGCUAUGAUCGGAGCCAACUUGCGCUUCGGUUCAGCAGGCGCAACUAACUCCUCCGUCGUCAACAACACCAGGCUGUGUCCGCCAGGAGGCGCUGCGAGCGCUGCCGCGUUGUUGGCGCUCUCUGGACUUGGAAUAUCGGCGAACAUUGCGCUCAUGGCGGUCAUAUUGAGCAAGAAGCAGUUGAGAAGGUGGUCACACGGUCUGCUCUUCCACCAGGCAGUUGUGGACUGCGCACGAGCAGCAAUAUUGCUUCCACUCGGCAUUGCUGUAUUCCGAUGUCAGCCUGUGUACAAGUGUUCACUAGUGGAAACUGCGUUCCUAUUACUUGUAACAGUCUCCACAGUCAACAUGCUGACAACGGUACUGAACGACAGCCCUAUAUUCCCUGAAAACGAGGAGGAGCAAGCUGAUUUAUCGGCCCCGUUGCUAAUGGAUAGUCCUCAGUGCGUCCUUUUCGGCACGUUUAUGAUAUGGUUCGCGUCUAUUACGAUAAACCUUGGACCCACUUUCUUAUCGGGAGCGUUGGCGGCGAGCGCCGGCUCUUACGGCUCGUAUGGCCCAUCACCGUCCUGUCCCUUAGUGCGAGGACCGUUUAGACAUUACGUACUUAAUGCUCUAUGGAUAGGCGUUAACGCUGUCUGCGUUGGAUUGACACUAUUCCAUUUACGGAAACUUCAUCGGGAUCUUACUAAGGCUAACGUAGAGGCUGUACGAGUAGCUGGUCUAGUGACCACGCUAGUCAGCAUGGCAGGUGACAACAGGCGCAUGGACUCGCUGCCCAACAGCGUCGGACCGAGGACAGUCGAUGGCGCACUGGCAGACGGUCAAUGCCGUUCGACGGGUAGCGCCAAUCUUCCACUUGGAGGCGGUCGCAGACUGAGAGGGUAUCUAGCUAGAGUGGAACGCGAGGGAGUUCGCCGCGUGCGCAUGUUCCUGGUCAUCACUGCGGCGUACGUGCUAUUCUGGGGGCCACUGUUCAUCAUAACGCUGCUGCACCACCCGGCUUUGACUUCACAUGUAGCGUAUGAACUGUACUUUCAAAUCACGCUGCACAUAUCGUACGUGCACGCAGCAGUGAACCCGCUGUUGUUCCUCGCCCUGCACCGCGCGCUGCGGCGAGCUACGCUGCAACUGUGCUGCGGGUGCUGCGUGCACUGGAGUCAAUUCGUACUGGCUCUCACUGCAGCCGCCCAGUCUCCUCUCGCACCGUCAUCGUUCUCGCCGGCCGCGGCGUCGCCCGAGCCGCCGCCCGCGCCGCCGCCGCCGCAUACCGGCGCGCCCGCGCCUCACACGAUGAUGAGUUGGGAGGUUGAGGAGUGUGAUGCAGAGAGUAUGUCGAGUGCGCGUGUGCAGGGAGACGAGGAUAUGAUGGAGUCGUGGAGCGGCAGCGUGCGGCGGCCGCGAUCGCCGAGCCCGCUCCUGCCCGUCGUCUGAAGCGCCCACCGCGCGCCCGCGCCGCCCAUGCCCGCCUGUCUGCCACCUUCCGUGCCGUGUAAAUAACACUCGGAGCAAACAUCUCAUACAUAUAAUACGGAUACUCAUCUUCUCGUGCACACUUUAGUGUAUAGAAUCUGUCUUAUGAAUGUUGUUAAGUAGAUGUACUUUUGAAUAUUAGAAGUAAGUAAUCAUAAAUAAUCAAAGAUUAUUACCUACAUUAUUGAAAUCUAAGUAUUCACUUUAUGAUGAUAAAUAAGUAAAUGUCCCUAUUUAUAGAUAGCUGUAUUGUAAAUGUAACAAAAAACGGAAAGCUCAAUUCUAAAGAAAUAACGAGUAGCAAUAAAUUUUACAUUGACAGGACACAAAUAUUCAAUAUAAUAUAGAUAACAAUAAGAAAUAUUUUUGCGAUCAUUUAAAUAAAUAUGACCAUAUAACACCAAACAAAGGGUAAGCCCAUGAAAUAUAAAUAGAUAGAUUAAAAAAGCAACUAAUUGUAAGAUGUACCUAACUUCAUUUUAUUUUGAUUUUUCUAACGUUGAUAUUCAGUUUUUAUUUGUGGGUAGGCAGGUAUUUUUAAACCAAGUAUUUUCUUUAAUAGACUGUAAAUAGGAUUUAAUAAUCGUUGUAGUUAGUAAUUUUUCAAAAAUAAUAAUUAUAUCGCUCUAUUCUUAAAUUAAAAAAAUGAUAACGUUAAUGCUAUUAAAAAAUUAUUUGUAAAAUUUGAAGAGGUACCAUUUUAUUAUUUCCAAUAAACCUACAUAAUUUUAUCACUUAUUUAUUUUGCUUAGGUAUAGCUAAUAAUUAUUUUAUGAUACCCAGAAGUCCAAUGAUAUACCGAAGUCUCAUGAUAUUGGAACACUGGGCUAAUACGAGAUCGAACACUUCAUAAAUAGGUUACGUUUAUACAGGCCGAUGUAAUGCAAUUUAUGUAACGUACGACAGCUCAACAAGGCUGGAUAUUAUUAAAUAGACAUUCCUAUUUAACUUUCUAUAUGUUGAAUUUAUUGUUGAGAUACAGCAAUUUCAGAUGUUUUCUUAUAAUUAUUUUACUUAGACAAUUUAAAUAGAAGCGUAAGACAAAAAUAGUGUUUUGAAUCGAUUAAUUAUUUGAAAGUAGAGUUUUCAAUACAUCCUGCAAAGACUGAUUUUAUCAUUUAUUUUUUACACUUGUUAUUAUUUGAGAAACUAAAAACAAGAAAUAAACAAAAAGGGUAAAUUUUAACGUCCCGUAUAAAGAUAUGGUGAAUUGUAAUAUAAGUAUUACUAUUUCUAAAAACCUUUGAAAAUAUUUUGAUCUGUGAAGUAGAGUUCAAUUGUAAAUAGAUUUUAACCUUAAGUAUAAUGAUUAUACCUUAAACUAAGAAGAAUUCCCUUCGUGAUCAUGCACCUCUAUAUAUUUGAAUGAUUUGUACCUACUGGGAACACAGUAUUAAAAUUCUACUUUUCUAUUUUAAGAAUACUGACAAAAAACUUCAAAUGGUUCAACCUACCAAGGUUUUUGACAUAAUUCAUUAACUGACCUAAGAGUAAGCAAGCUUCCCACAUGAAUAAUUAAGCAGUAGGUAUAAUAUGUCUAUUUGAUUAUAUUAAUUUGCUUGUGUACCAAAUUAUUAAAAGUGCCAAAGAUAAGUAAAAAACCUGCUGACAUAACAAUUGAACCAAAAAUUACGCACUUUUCGUACUAAGUAUAAGAAUAUCAAGUAUUAUAAGCUAUUGGUAUUAUUUUUAUGAUGCCCAUUCAUUAAAAAUAACAAUUUUAUGAAUUUUGUAACUCUGGAUAGUUAUAAUAUUAAAUGUACAUCGACUUGUUAAAAGGGUUGUAAAUAAAACCAAACUGUAAAAUAUAAUUAACUAAAAUGACUAAGAGGUAAAAUGUAAAACUUAUAUAUGUGUUCUUAUAACAAAAACAAAUAAAAUAACAAUGUUAAAAUAAACA